AGACGGUCCCGCCCCGCAGGCGGGGAGCGGAGGGAGCCAUGGGCUCGCCGGCGGAGCUGCUGCCGCUCGGGGAACGUGAGUGGGGCGCGGGGGUGUCCAGGCGCCCGGAGGAGCAGAGCGAGAAAAGGAAAACAAAUUACUGCAGAUGACGUAGACCUCUCUUACGUUCCCUCCUGCAUUGUGGGAAAUGAAUUCUGGGGGUGCCCCCUGCAUAGUACCUGUUCGCUAUGAAGAGAAGAGCUGCCGUAAAGGACUUGAAGGCAUGCUUUCUCUGGGGCAAGUGCAGGUCCAGCAAGAACAAAGAAAUCACGCUACAGAACCUGUAAUAGAUGACUAUAAAAAGAUGGGGACACUGUUUGGCGGACUAAACAAAAGCCUUAUUAGAAUAGGCUUCACAAGGAUGUACUUUGGAGAACGAAUAGUGGAACCUGUGAUAAUUAUAUUCUUCUGGGUUAUGCUCUGGUUUCUUGGCCUACAAGCUCUUGGACUGGUUGCUGUUCUGUGCCUUGUCAUUAUUUAUGUACAACAGUAAAAUUUUACAGAUGAUGUUCGGAUUAUGUAUUUUGACUCUGUCACUAUGUCAGUGGACUUAUGUAUUUAAGUAAAUGGGUGGCAUAUCAAAAGCUGCAGUGCUUCAAAUUGCAUUUUGCUAAACUUCCACCCCUUUGUGGUGAGGAGCAUUAAAAUUAUGCAUUUUAAGCAAAGGCAGCAGUGCCCUAUUAGAUCUUUAAAGGGCAAAAAAAGGACAUAUUUGUAAUAUAAUGGUAUCCAAUGUACUGUUUUCUGCACUCUUGGGGCCUUAGUCCAAGGAUUGUCCCUCUGCCCUGCAAUGUUUUUGCUUUGUAUAUUGAGAAUUUCCUGUGUGUUUUUAAAAGGACACAAUGUGAGUGUCCCGUGUCACUGUUGGGGGGCUCGUAUGCUGUUUGUUCACUAAAUCUGCAUAAUUUGCUAGUUUUUUGCCAAAAAGGUAAACCUGCACAAAGGAGGUUUGCUAACAAACCCACAAUGACAAAUGUUCAUAAGGUAAAUAAAACUUCCCGACACAAAAGCAUGUUUGGUUAAAGUAGUUUAUAGAAAGUUUUCCCUCAAGGAAUAACCUGUGCCAGCACAAUGUGUUUAUACUAAUAUUAACGACUUCACAGAAGGGUUCAGCUGUUGUUUCGGAGGAAUCUCAGUCCUGUAUUGGCCAAAUGGUCUAACCUGGCUUUGCCUUGUUUUAUGGAAAUACACUCAGCUCCUGCUGCUAUUUUUCUGGUUUUGGUUUUUGGUUGUUUUUUUUUUUUUAUAGUGCUUUUUCCCCCAGCCCUCCUUCUGAAGACAAAUAUUUGGAUAAUUCACGGGCUUCAUAGGUAGUUACAGGUGCAGUACUGGAGAGUUGCCAUUCCAGGCAGCAAUGCUAGAGUAUUGUCCAGUUUCCUCGGGAUUGUGUGUGAAGUGGCUAAACAACCAGAUAGAUAUCAGACCAGAUCUCUUAAUGCUUCCCUAAUUUGCUGCAAUGUGGACCCUAUACCAGCUGGAAGCGUUGCUUACACAUGCAAAUCGGACCCCAUGCAAGGCAAGAAUGUAGUUGAAUUGAGGUGGUCAUUUUAUUUAGUAGUCUUAGCUGGUUAAUUUUCAUGCAUAUCUAUAGGUGCAUGUCAUGGGUAACACAAAUUGGAGAAUAGGAUGUAUGCAUUCAAGAGCAGGUGUAAAAUUUUCUCUGGCUCACCAGGAGCCACGCCAGGGGUAUACUGAAUAUUUCCAUGUUGAAAGUGCUCAUUUAAGGAAAAACAGUAAAAUGAGACAGGAUUUUCACUAAGUAGGCUGCCAAUUUAAUAUUUGCAGUACAUUACAUUUAGUAAUAAACUUAAUUGCAAAAUUGACUUAAUCUACAGCAGAGUGAAAUUACACAUUUACUUAAAGAAAUGUAAUGGAAGAUGUGAAAUUUACAGAAAACUCUUUAACCUUUUGCGGUGUCUUUUCCUAAACAUUUUUAUACUGGCAGAGAUCGACAAUAGAUUAGUUGAAAAUACUGGCUUAUCCAAAGACUUCAGAAGUUAAGGGGAACUUCUCUAUGAUCCCAGUCCUGCAAUGGGAUUCUCAAGGCUGAUUUUGUGCCUCUGUGGAUCAUAUGGGUUGUUGGGCUCUGGUUCCAGGACCCUUAGCCCCAGUUCAUACAAACUUUCCAAACUUCAAAAUAAGUCAAAUAAUUCUUAUUUAGAGCAGUUAUUGAAGGUCCAGCUCCUUUAAAGUCUUUAUGUGCCUAAAUGCCAUCUGUAGGUAUGUCUCUGCUUCUACCGUGAAUGCAUAUUUACCUCCCAAGGGGCCAGGUCUUGCCUCCAGAUCUUCAGAUGACCUUGACUGUGGAUCCAACAGAUUCUGCUGAACCAGCAGGACUGCAGGGAAGUGGGCCCAUGGCCCAGAUGUGUGUUUACAUAGCAACCUGUGUACACUGGCACCUGAUUAAAUGGUUAUGCUGAUGACAGGGAAAUGUUUGGGGAACUAUUCCUGAAUACAGGAGUUUGCUGUUCACAGCUGGAAGUCCCAAAGCAAACAGCAAGUACAGGCUGAACUCAGCAGUAGGAGCUCUACUCACAAGUGCCUAGGGGUAAACUCUGGUUUUGUUUCGAGUCUGUUAGAAAGCAGAAUAUCUGUUUACACCUUUGCAUAUUUGUAUAACUAUAAUGGUGGGUUCAUGUGUAUUCUCCUGUAUAAGGGCUGUACUACAAAAGCAUCUUGUCAUAAAAAAAAAAAUAAAACCCAAAACCUUCCUUUCUUCCCACAGUCAAGUUACUGUUCAGAGGAUCUCAUCCAAUUCUUUUCAUCCUGUAAGAAAAAGUGUCCCUGUAAUACCUUGUUGCAGUAGUUCUCUAGUAUGAAACACUGUGCUGUGAGAUGGAAUUUAGUGUUUCUUGAAGUGGUGAUUUUGCUCUCUACAUCAGGAAUGGGGAACAGUGAACCAAGGGUGUGACUGCUGAGUUCAGUAAAAGAAAUUGUUUAUAUGCAUGUAACCUUUUAUUAUGCGCAUAUGUAUGACUAUGUCACUCAUGAAGUCAUUUCAGUUGUUCUUUUGAUGUUGAUGUUUAUAUAAAUGUACUCUAGGGAAAGGUAGCUUCUGAACUAAGAUUGUGUACAGUUAAUGUUCUGUAUGGUUCUCUUGAGGGUAACUUACUACAUCUUGUCCUUCAUGGAAGCUUUUCGUUUUUAAAACUCUGAAAAAAAAAAAAAAUCCCUCCUUAUGAGUUAGGUUGACUGAAAAGGAAAAAGAAAAGCAAUAUAUUGCAUGGAAAAUACCCCUUGCCUCUUUGGUUUCAUACAUUCCAUUGUGUUUAAGAAUUUGCACCAAGUCAUCCGUCCUAGUUCUGUUCUACUGCUAUUCUAUUGACCUGUCAUUUGCAGGAAAGGAAAGAGGAGUUAAGGAAAAAAGGGGACUGGGAUAGAAUCAGACAUAAAGAGUAAAAGAUGGACUGCAUUAAAAGAUUGCAAAGGUGUCUAAAGAGUGAGGGGAGAAUGAGUGAACAGUCCCUGCACUGUGUUCUUCCUUCCAUCCAGUUGUAGUUCCAAGGCAGAGGAAACACCAAGUGUUCAAAGGAUGUCCCUAGCUAAAAAGCAAAAGGUUAAUUUUUUAAAAAAAGACAAUUUCACUUUUGUCUAUUUAGUAAAAAUUGAUAAUGUUAAUUUAUAUUGUUGUAUAUGAUUAUUAUUCUUGGUAGAGCUGAAAGCACCUUUAUGCGUCUGUGAGUAGGCAUGUAUGAAGGAAUUACAUCCCUUAAAUCUGUGUUAAACAACAAAUUAUGUAAUUCCUGUUGGUCAGUGUAGCAUAUUGAAAGUUUUUUAUAUAACCUCUGUUUUUAAAGGAUGGACUCUUCAGUACUGUUUCACACCUGCGAAAUGCAUAAAUGUUUGAACUACUGUGUAGAGAGAAGGCACUCUACACAUAGGAGUAUCUUGGAGAACUCUGUUUGCACUGGAAAAUCAUCACAUGGAAGCUGUUCAUAUAAAAAGGAGAAAUCAUAUUUCUUAAAAACUCUGUAUUAAAUGAAUCCUAUGGAAAGCACUUUGUUAUUCUUUCUAAUAAAAAGUAU